AUGCGACCCAAUACAGGCGACUUUUGCAACAGACGCGGCAUCAAAUGUGGCCAAAGCGAGGACCCGCUAGGUCGCUGUAAGAAUUGUGCGGACUUCGAUGUGCCAUGCACCUUUGAUCGCCCUGCAAAACGCCGGGGCGUCAAGGCUGGCUCUCGGGCGAGUGGUCGCGAUACUGAGUUUGUGAGAGUAUCGGGCGAUCAUGGAAUUCCUGCGCCGGUAGCGACUGCAAGUGGUGGAACAGCUUCUGGCUCUUCGACUUCUCGCAGUUCAUACCGUCCAUCGAUCUCCGGCGAUCCCUGGUCUACCUUUGCUCAUGGCUGGUCAGAAGCUGAGGGUGAUAACGAUAACGUGGCGCUGCACAAUUCUUGGAAAGCGUUUGCUAUUGCCUGUGACCGGCAAAUAAAAGCUCUAGUCCAGGUUUAUUUCGAGAUCGUCUAUCCAAUAUUUCCCUUAUUUCAUAUGCCGUCGUUCAUAGAGCAGGUCAACAGCAAGGAGUACCUCCGCAAUCAAGGGCUCUUUGCAUCCACGAUGGCUGUUUGCUCUUUGGCCUCCGGUCGUGCGCGUGACGGUGCGUUGUACUCUAAUCGGUGGCACCGAGAAGAGCUCAUAGAUCCGCCCUCCGAGGCUUUUUUUGCAGCUGCUAGGGACUCGAUUCCUCGGGACCUUAUCGAAGCCAAAGGUAUUCACUAUAUGCGCGCGUGUGCCAUACUUGCUAUCGCAAGCAUCCAAAACGGCCAGAUCAAAAAUAUGCAGAAGUAUUCCGGCUUGUAUCACACUUUGAUUUCGAUGGAUUGCCUUUAUGACGAAAAACUCUGGCCAAAGGACUUGAGUCCGAUUGAGACGGAGGAGCGGCGGCGACUUUUCUGGUCUAUCUACACGUUGGAUAUAUAUUCGACUAUUGUGUGGGGAGGCGUUAUUCGAUAUCGCGAGGCCCAUUCCUCGGUGCGCUAUCCGACCGAGGUAGAUGAUGAGUUUAUCACAAACCACGGCUAUGGUGUGCCGUCUGUAUCACCGGAAUCGAAUCCGCUUUCGGCCAGCAACGUGACCGUCGUCUCCCGCCAGCCUGUUCCCUGGCUGCGUGGUUGGAACUUCACCACAGACCUUUACCGUAUUCUUGAGCACGUGGUCGAUGGCAAUAAACGCCGCUUCUCUUCAGCUAACGGGACGACAGAAGUGUGGUCACUGUUCAAUCCGUUAUCUAUGUCAGAGCUGGCGGUCAUGGAUCAAGUCCUUACUCUGUACUCCGCACUCCCAUCGCAGUUUCGGGAGACGCCGCCCGUUACAGGAGACAUGUCUAAGGACUUAUUCGGGUUCCAGUCAGCCAACAUUCAGGCGACGCUACAACUCCUUCGGAUGGUGCUCUUGUCUGCGGAGGAAAUUGGGGUGGAGCGAAAAUGCGAUGUCGCGGGUGAACUACUCAGCGUGUUUUCAAAUGUACCCAUCGAGUACUUGAAAGCGAUCAGCUCCCCUUUGCUCCAUCACCUUGGCGGAAUUGGCUACAUUCUUGGCUCUGUCAUAGAAGGGAAUUUGUCUGAAGCAUCCUACGCGAGAGUUCGCAUAUUACUUCUUGAAAUGGCAGAUCUCUUACAACGUCUCGAAAAGGGCCUACAUCGGGCCUCCGGUGCCGGCGAACGACUGCGGACCCAGGUUGAUCGAAUAGACGGCUACAUGCGUACCUUACUUCUGCUAGAUAUUUCUGCACCAAGUAACGCGAUGCCAGCCGUCAACGGGAACCCCGAAACUGCUAUCCCGUCAGCGUAUACACGGAGCCCCCCGCGGUCGGAACCACACCUCGUGCUGGGCUGGACCAGAUGUUACAGUUUCAGCUGCCACCAGAACUGCUCACAGAUUGGCCAUGGCCGUUGGAUUCUUACAAUACCGAGGGAUUUUUGCCUUCGGCGUUCGAAUAGUUUCAUUGUUGGGUGGUGA